AAAUAAUUUUAUUGGAGAUAUUAAUGUCAUUAUAAUUCACUGCACCGUUAGACAAUAUAAAGAGACUGAAAGUUAAAAUAAAAGAAAAACAGACACGACCUUGUGAUCAUCUUGAACUGCUGCCAGUCAUGGUUAGCAGAACACCUAAACCCAUGAUGACCCGGCGGUCAGCCUCGGACCUGAAGAAUAGGCGACCUAAAAGAAAUAUUUCACCAAAGAAUUUGGACGACUCUGUGACGGGUUUGUCAUGGAAGGAGGAGCGAGAGCUGAAGAAGGCCCUGUAUGCCUCGUUGCAAGAAGCCCGUCGCCAGUCUCGAGAUGACGGACAGGAGGAGGGGGGAAGUAACGGGGCGACAUCAAAAGAUGAACUCUCUGCAAGUCAGAGCAGGACAAGCCUUUCUUCUAUGACUGAGACCAAGUUCCAGGACGAGAGCAGUUGUAGCGUGGACUCCUUCAACGAGAAAGUGACUACCCCGCAACCAGAAGUGAAAAAAGCUAAAUACCAUGCACAAAGAAAGUUUGCGGUGAAUACAUUUACUCCAAUUCAUUCUCAGCCUGUUAGUUCAGGCGCUAAGGGCUCAAUGCUAAUGAGCCCCAGUCAACUGAAGAAGAUCCACGCUCAGCGCAAGUUCGCUACAGGUACAUCCUCCUACACGCCCGUGGAUGUACCCAGCAGGCCCAAGUUGAAGGCCUCGCCUGUGAAACUGUUUCCUGUGCGACCAAAGACUGAAGACUUCCUUACCUACUUGUGCUUCCGAGGUACGUCUGUGUUGCCGCCUCAUCUGGACCUGAUGAACGUACGCAAGGAGGAGGUAGAGGUGAACGGCAGGACGGGCUUUACCCGGGACAGCUCUCCAGCCUCCAGUAGCAGUGUCAGCCAUCAGAACGAGGACAGCAUGGACACCUCGGAGUUCUCUGUGAAGAUGCAGACCCCAAGCAGGAAGGCUGCCAGGGCGUCUGCAAGCACGCCAGAGACUGCGCGGGGUUUUGCCAACCUAGGGCGCAGCAAAAAGGGUUCCAAUGUCUCCCCAGGCAGCAGAAAACGACUUGCAGAUUCUUACGGGGUGGGAAAAAGCUCUGGAAAAGGCUUUAGUCCGUCGAAAAUGAAGGUCGCUGACCGACUCGCAUUGAAACGCAAAGCCAUGGCAACUUUAUCAGCUUCCAAAAGGAACUCUCCAAAAAAGCUGGACAAUUCACAGAAAUUGAGAAGUUCAGUAUCUGAUGGGGAACUUAUGAAGAAAAAGGCACAAGAAGAAUCAUCAGAUACUGUCCAAAAGACAUUAGAAAACAUGGACAUUUCAAAGGCGACCACAAACAUGAGUGAAUAUUCUAUUGAAAUUAUGCGUUGCCAAGAAGAUUCAGGAAUAUUUCUAAGUCAUUAUGGCGACAGUAUGAAUAUCUCGGUUAAAUUAGUGAAUGAUUCUAUGGUUGAUCAAAUUGAUAUGUUUAAAACAUCUGUGGAGCAUGAGGAAUCUAGAAACAUUGAAUUGAUUGACAAAAAAUUGAUUGUUGCCCUAAAAGGAAAUAAUGUUAUCCAGAAAGGUAUAGAAACAGAUGACAAUGUGCAUUAUACCAAACAGAAAAAAACUACGGAUAUUGUGGCUACACAAAUUGAUAUCUUGGAUGGAAAAACUAUUGGUUUAAACCAUGAGGAUUUUGGAAAAAAAGAAUUUAUAAAUGGAAAGUCUGCCCAAGACCUUGAUCCAGCAAGAAUGAACAAGAAAUCUGAAUUAUUUGACAUGGCUGAGUACAAAGACCUUAAGGCUCAAGUUGACUACCAAGUUAAUGUUUUGGGUAAUAUUUACGGAUCUGACCUUAAAGGUUCUAGAAAUAAUGAGUUGAACACAGACAAGUCCGAUCAAGCUCUAGAAGAAGAAAACAAUAACAAGAUGGCUAGAAAACCAUUAGACAAAGCUCAACAUACUGACCUGAUUUCCUCACUAUUUCAACCUCUGGAAUCUGAACUAGACGAGUCCCUCGAUAUUGCCAUGGAGAUGGACAUCAGUCUGAAUGAUUCUAUGGACGUCAUGGAGAUGUUGUCUGCAAAGUGCUGCCUUCCGUCUCCUAUUGUCAAGCUGGAUAACAACAGAAAUUAUGUCCCUGCAAAAAUGUUCAAAUCCUCUUUCCACAUUGUGUCUGAAAAGCAUCAUUCCCCGGGGCAGCAGAAGUCCCGAAAUAGGCAGGAGUAUCGUAGAGUUACUCGAUCUGUUACUAAGAGUCUCAAGGAUCAUAGUUACUCGAAACAGAACCCUGAGAUCAAGUUCAGUUUGAAGUCCCAGAAAAAGUGUCCCAAACAGAAUUGCAUAUUGAUGUCAUCCACACCAAAUAUAAAUAAAAUCAAGUCCUCAUGUAGGCAAAAUGACUUGAAGAGCUCACAAAGUUCUCAUAAGUAUUUUGCAUCAAAACUGAUGAAGAAGAAUAUAAACAAGCCAGAACUCUCUGGUGUGUCAAGUUUGAAGCGUAAAUCCACUGGUGAUUUAGGUAAAGAACCAUCAAUAUCACCUUCAAAGAAAGCAAAACCAGCAAACGUUUUGAAGUCACGUAAAACACUGUUCAAAACACACUCAAAAGACAUCAGCGCUAAAAGAAAGCAGCAAAGACAGUUACACAAAGAAGCAUUGGAAAUGCACCCAAAGAAGAAACUAGCCACAUGUCUUGUAAAGAAGCCAAAGAAAACAUUUAAACCCCAUCGUCCUCUUACAAGGGCAGCAACCCAUCUCAAGUGUGCAUUGAAGGCUGCCAAACUUGCUGCCAACAAGAGGUUGAAGAUGUUGGGUAGGGUUGCCACAACAAAGAAGGAAUGUGCGGCUCUGUCUAGCAUCGUGGAGAACAAAAGGAAGGAUACGUGUGAGAAAAAGGAAAAGAAGAAAUUGUCUCUGGAGUCAAACACCUCUAACAAGUCACUAGACAGUGAUGCUUCUGGUGAAAUCCGAAUCAAGACUGAACGUUUCCCAGGCGACCACGACAUUGCCGGCAUGGUCCAAUGCCCGAUAUACUACCCAUCAGAGGAGCAGUUCAGUGACCCUAUUGUGUACAUACAGAGCAUCCAAUCAGAGGCCGAGCAGUAUGGCAUGUGCAAGAUCGUCCCACCCUGUAACUGGAAGAUGGAGAGUAGAGUGAUGGAAGACUUUCGUUUCACCACGGUUACACAAUACAUACACAAAAUGUUCCAUAAGUGGAGUCCCAUCACCGAGCAGCUGGAGUACAUCAAGCGUCUCUAUGGCAACGAGCAGGGCACCGACGAGUUCCAGGUGCCUCAGAUUGGCGGCGUUGAGAUUGAUCUCGUCAGACUGUACGAGCUCGUGCAGAAAUACGGCGGAAUGAAGGGGACUGUUGGCAAGGAGAAAAAGUGGCAGAAGAUUGCAGACUCCUUGAAAAUUCCAAAACAGGCCGACCGUGUGUCCAAGUUAUACGCGGCCUACUGCAAGUACCUGUUGGCCUAUGAGACAUUGUCAGAGGAGGAGAAUGAGCGACUCAUGGAGGAGGUGCAGGCAGAGAGGCGGAGUCAAGAGCAGCCGGGGAACGAGACUCCGCCCACUUGUUACAGAUGUGUCUAUAAGGGAAAGUACCAGCUGCUGUCCACAUUCAACAGGGCCGCCAGGAACAUGCAGGCGCUAUACGGGGAUGAUUCCACCAACUCUGUGGAUCAGAUUGAGGCAGCCUACUGGCAAAUUGUGGAGCAGUCCAAUGACCAUGUGUCGGUGCAGGGAGCCAGUCUGGAUACCAGCAUCUAUGGCAGCAUGUUUCCUGUACGCAGGGACAACCAGUAUGCAAGGCAUGGUUGGAACCUGCACAACUUUGUGGAGAGCAAAGGCUCAAUUCUUCAUCAUCUCGGCCUAAUCGCAGGUGUCACAGUCCCCACGCUGCACAUUGGCAUGCUGUACACCAGCAAGUGUCUCUCGUGCAAUGAACACAACCUGCCCACUGUGCAGUAUCUUCAUGAAGGUGAUGGACUCAUAUGGUAUGCUGUUCCAAGCCAUGAGACUGAUCUCCUUUCGUCCGUUCUUGGCCAGGUAGCUCCCCGCCAUGUGAGGGAUAAGGGCUUCUGCUUGCAGCAGAACACCCUCUUGGUUCCGCCAAGCAAACUGAUUGAGAAAGGUAUAUCAUUGAGUCGGUGCGUGCAGUCGGCCCGUGAGUUUGUGGUAGUGUUCCCGUCCGUGAACUACAGCACCGUCAGUCUCGGCUACACCCUGUCGGAGAGCGUACACUACGGGACACAGGACUGGAUACCGGAGGGAUUUCAGGCAUCUAAGAGCCUGUCAUGUAACCAUGACAUAGAGCUGUUCUCCAUGGACGCCCUGCUGGUGUUCCUGGCCCGUGACCAGACCACGCCGGACACCACAUUGGCUCUCCUGCUGCCUUACCUGGAACAAGUCGUCGACCGAGAGGUUCGGGAAAGAAGGCAGCUGAGCGAGAUUGGGCUGAGUGAUUCCGAGCGUCUCGUUGACAAACUCACCACCAAGCACUCGCCCAAAGCAGACGUCCUUGAAGAAAUCAUUAUCUGUGAUAACUCCAACAAAAUAUGCUACUUGUCAAUGGUUUUGAACUCCCAUCAGAACAGUGCAUUCUCCCUGGAGCAGGGACUGCUGCAUCUGCAGAAGAAGAAGAAUCUCAAGCACUGCAAACUCAUGUACAGAUAUUCGGAGGACGAGCUCCGUCAGCUGGUACGGGAUGUUAAGAGCAGAUUAAGGGGCAGCAACUCCUCAAGUCCUGCCUCAGCAAGUCCCAAACGCAAGACACGCAAGUCAGUGUCAGACCUGAAAUCAUCGCCAACUGUGAAGUCGUCACCAUCAUCAAAGUCAUCACCAUCAGUGAAAUCAUCUCCCUCAGUAAAGUCCUCACCAUCAGUAAAGGCGCUACCAUCUGUGAAGUCAUCGCCAUCAUCAUCAACAUCUCUGUCAGAUUUGAAGUUGUCAACAUCCUCAUCAAUGUCUGCAUAGGUUUUAUCAAUGUCUUAAUGCAAGACUCACAUGUCCAUGUUGGAUCAUCCACAUCUCAAUUGAUUUCAUUAAAAUUAAAGAUUGGGGAGCUUCUGUUGAACCUAAAGUCUUCUUCAGUUCAAUAACCAGCUGCAAGCUUCUGUUGGACCUAAAAUCAUCGCCAGUACCAUUACCAGCUGCAAGCUUCUGUUGGACCUAAAAUCAUCUCUAGUACCAUUACCAGCUGCAAGCUUCUGUUUGAAUUAAAGUCAUCUCUAGUACCAUUACCAGCUGGGCGCUUGUGUUGGACCUAAAGUCAUCUCUAGUACCAUUACCAGCUGCAAGCUUCUGUUGGACCUAAAGUCAUCUCUAGUACCAUUACCAGCUGCAAGCUUCUGUUUGAAUUAAAGUCAUCUCUAGUACCAUUACCAGCUGGGCGCUUCUGUUGGACCUAAAGUAAUCUCUAGUACCAUUACCAGCUGCAAGCUUCUGUUGGACCUAAAGUCAUCUCUAGUACCAUUACCAGCUGCAAGCUUCUGUUUGAAUUAAAGUCAUCUCUAGUACCAUUACAAGCUGGGCGCUUCUGUUGGACCUAAAGUCAUCUCUAGUACCUGCAUCUUUGCUGAUUUGAUCUGAAUAUCAUUUCCAAAGUCAUGUACUCGUACUCAUUGACCAAUGUUCAAUUUUUAUGCUUCAUCAGAAAACUAAACUUUUCAUGUAUAAGUUAUAGAUUGGUUGUUGUGCCAUAUUAUUUGCAAAUAAUUAUAAUAGUUACUCUUCAUUGACGUCAGUAACAGGACUAGGUGACAAAUUGUUACAUGUUUCCUUAUCCAGUAAAAUGUCUUAAUGAGCAGUUGAUAGUUGAAAAAAAAUGAAGCAUGUAGCUUAGUCUAUACAUGACGUUGUUACUGUUAAUUGAAGAUAAAGUAGGCUUUUGUAAAAAUAUCAUUGUUAUUUUCUGUUUUCAUACAACUUGUUGUGAAUAAUGGCUUGUUGUUGUCAUUUCAAUUUAUAUGUGUCUUGUUCUGAGAAAACUGGGCUUAAUGCUUGUGCUCAAAGUGCAGUCUGCACAGGCUAAUCAGGGACGACACUUUCGCUUUUAUGGUAUUUUUAGUUUGAAGGAAGUCCCUUCUUACCGAAAAUCAAGAUUAAGAGGAAAGUGUCGUCCCUGAUUAGCCCGUGCGGACUGCACAGGCUAAUCUGGGACGGCACUUUACGCACAUGCAUUAUGCCCAGUUUUGUCAGAACAAGACACAUAUGAUUUUCUACAGAAUGUACAAAUUCAUCAGUUUGCAUGCUUGACCAAAUGAAACAUCAUUAUAGAUUUUUGCGUUGUAAAAAAUGAAUCAGUUUUUUUUAUAUAAAACCAAAACAAACAUCCAUAGAAAACAAUGCUCAAAGUAAUAAUUAUGCAAUAUUUCUGUUAUAACAGUAUUUCUGAAACAUUCUAAGCUAGUCCAUUGAUCUAUUCUUUUCAUAAUUAUAGUUAUUGUGCCUAUAAAGCUGUGCGAGAAAAAUCAUGAUUGUUUGAUCAAAUUAAUGGACUUCGAAUUUCAAUCAUGUUUCUAUUUUGUAUCAUGAAAAUAAAUGUUGUUCUUGUG